AUGAAAGAUUAUGAGGACGAUUUCAAGCCAUUUAUCGAUGGCGAUUUUGAUGCUUUCCUUCGAGAGACGAGUACACUUGGAGAAUUUGCCGGGAAUGAGGCCCUUGUAGCGAUUGCUAGAAAAUUCCAAGUAGAAAUUCAAAUUCAUCAAGCAGGUCAAGCCGUUUGGACGGUGUCUGAUGCUAUUAGCAAUCCAGAGAGACAGAUUCAUCUUGCGUAUCACGACUGGGAACACUACUCCUCAAUCAGGAAGAUCGGGGAUAAAGUCAACACGACGGAUCUCGUCGAAAUCGCUCCCGUUGACCAUGCCCAGAAUCCUAGACCAGAACUUCCUGUUCUUCUUUGCCCUUGUCCUUCGAAAAGCGUUCCUUUUGGAGAAGUACAUGUUGACAAGCACAUUUUCAAGGAACAUUUGAAAGAUGAUGAGUGUGUCAAUGUGAAUCUCGUCAAAGAUAUCGCCGAAAAGAAGAUUGGUCUCGUUGAAAUGUACAUCAAAGACUACUACAUUUCCCGAAUCGACAUGCGUGUUGUGACGACAGAGCUCACUGGAAGAUGUCUAGUUGAAAACCAGUCACUGAAAAUCAACUCAUUCUCACUUACAGUCAAGCAUCUCGUGGACAGCUCCGGCAAGACUAUUAAAAAGGGAGGAAUCGUGACGAAAGAUACGCGUUUCGCUUUCAGAUCAGCUUCAGCCCUGUUUUACCUUUUCAUCCAAAUCAGCGAAGAAAUGUGGCACUACGACUCAUACGGUUACAAGCAAUACCAACGCGCAAUCGAUGGCUUCCUUGAAUCGCUUCUUCUGAAAUGGCUAGCAGAAAAAUGCGCGCACGAAGUUCAUAUUGUUUUUUAUGCUCGGCAUCUUUACCCGAUCGAUAUGUUAGAAAAUUCCCAUGCCAAUCAUAUCCUCGACAAUUUUCCUGACAAAUGGAAGAAGUAUGUUCAUAAGCUCAACAAUAAAUUUGUGUAUAUUGAUCACUACAGGACUUUGACUGAUGCGGGGGAAAGUUUGAGGCCUGACAAUCAAGCCAAAGUGUCUGAAAUCGUCGCCAAAUGUCGCGGAGUUGUGAUCAACUGGAUCGCUGACAGUCAAAUCUACUUCCAAGACGGGACCGAAGCGCCAAGAAUGAUUCACGACGGUCCUAAAUUUCGUCUAUCCUCUGCCCCACAAGCGAAUUUCGUGGAAGUAAUCAACAUGUCUCUCCAUAUUUUCGAGAGGCAUCAAAAGAUCGCGUUCUCGAUCGAACUGGUCAAAUGA